AUGAUCACGCUGGUAAGGAUGGUACACUGAAGAAAAAAGCAAACUAGUUACUCCAGGAAAAGAAAAUUGGGAUUGGAAAGUGGCCUGAAAAACCUACCCUCAGAUGUUAUGGUUGUCCUCGACUGUUAGGUGGCAUAGAUGAACGAACUGGGCUGCUGUGGCAUACAAGGGAUUUGGAAAAGGGGAGGGGCUGCCUUGUGUAUGAGACCACGUGAUCUUUCGAGACCACGUGACCUUCGUGGUCACCCGACCGUUGACCAAACCAGCGGUUCUAUGGCGGAGUUAUUCUCUUAUUCCAACCUUGUCCACGCCGUAUCUGGAGCAGCAGGAAGUGUGACCGCUAUGACGGUAUUUUUUCCUUUGGAAACGGCUCGAACAAGACUACAAGUUGAUGAAGAAAGGCGGGCAGCUAAUGCGUUUGUUGCAUUGUCUGACAUUGUUAGGGAGGAAGGAUGGACAUCUCUCUACCGAGGUCUAGCACCCGUAUUGACAGGUGUAUGCUGCUCAAAUUUUGUCUACUUUUACACUUUCAAUGGACUCAAAGCUGUAGUGAAACAUCAUAGCAUUCCAGUCAGUGCACUAACAGAUCUAUUGAUGGCAUCAGUCGCUGGCAUAGUCAAUGUAGUGACUACCACGCCACUGUGGGUAGUCAAUAUGCGAAUGAAACUUCAAGGGGCCAAGCUUAAGUCGAAUGCAAAAAUUGGUGCAAGACCAUACACGGGCGUUCUAGAUGGGUUGGUUUGUGUUGCUCAACAGGAAGGCAUAGGAGCACUGUGGUCAAGUGUUGGGGCAUCGUUGUUGUUGGUCUGCAAUCCCUCUAUUCAGUUCAUGAUAUAUGAAAGCCUGAAACGAAUCAUCCUCAGAGAUAACGACACUGUUAGUGCUUCUAAAAUCUUUGCCAUAGGAGCCUUGGCAAAGGCAGUGGCUACUAUAGUAACAUAUCCAUUGCAGAUAUCUCAAGCCAGGCUUCGAGCAGGACUGUCACAAUCAUCCAAUAGACGAAGCCAGUGGCAUAUCUUCACACGAACUUUUAACUGUUUACAGGAGAUAGUUCGGAAACAUGGAUUUGCUGGCAUAUACAAAGGACUCGAGACAAAGUUGUGGCAGACAGUGUUGACUGCUGCUUUGAUGUUUUUAUGCUACGAGAAGAUUGCCAGGUUCAUAUUUUCUAUAAUGGGAAUAAAGAAGUGAAUAUGGUAGCAAUGGUUGGUGCUUGUAUGUAUAACAAUGGGUUUGGCCAUGAUAUCUAUCUGUUUUAUUGCUUGUGGGGUAAAUGAAUAGAUUGAUUUAGGCUUGU